AUGACCGACUCGAUGAAUCUUAUUUCGGCGCAGAUAUCGUUCCUGACACAGGAACCACACCUUGCUCUCAUUCACAUUCCCAUCGAGCUGUACGCACUUUGUUUACAGCCGAUCUUGCGCCUAUUAUUUGGCGAAGAUCACGAUGACGACGCAGCAAAGAUCUCGUGGACAAAUCGGCACGACUUCCUUAACAUUUCAAUCACUCCUAUCGAGUGUUCCAUCAUUUGCUCGAGAUAUCUUGCGGACCGCUAUGUGCGGCCCCUUGCUGAUCUCCUGAACAAUCUGUACGCGAGCGGAAAGGGAAAAGGCAAGACGGAAAUUCAGAUCACCUCCGAAGACUAUAUUGUCGUCCAAGUAGACGGCCAAGGACUCGAUGCUGGCCAAAGGGUAUUAGAGCUCACUUCUCCGCUUGCAAUGGCUGGAAUAAGCAUUUUCUUCAUCACGACCUAUUUCUCCGAUUACAUUCUCGUCCCAUUUCGAUCACAACGGACCGUUACCAAAGCUCUCCAACAACGAGGCUUCGUCUUCUCCAAGACUGUCGAUGCAUUUGUGUCACAGCUUUCGCCGUCGUCGCCGACAUUACCACAUAGGCCUGCUACAUCUCCGACUUGCCACGAGAGCUCGGUUCCUACUACACCGCCGGCCAAGGACAUUCCUGAACUUCAAAUCCGGACCUUCACGAAGCUGAAGCGGAACAAUGUGAGCCCAGCGGUGGACGGCAACAUCCUGCUAGCAAACUGUGCUGGAAGCAGGGAGUAUAACCAAGCGACCGAGGAACGGUUAAAGAACGAUCUUCUUCAAGUCUUACUCGCCACGGCGGCGCCAGGGAGCGGCGCAGCAGCGAGGUCAGGCGUCGGACUUGGGGUGCCUCCUCCGACACCGGAACUGGAUUUUGGCGCAAAGUUUCUGUCUCUUACCAUUACCUCGGGCGAGCCGAUAGCCGUGCUUCUCGAACAUCGGUUAAUUGAUCGCCUCGGCGGUUCCUUGUUAGGUGCGAAGUCAGAAGACGAUGCGCUGCUGCCGAUAACGCUUGACCUGCGCGAGCUUCCUCUCGAGGCUACCGGCAUUGUUUGUGGGGUGGCGGGCCGGCUGGCACAAGGCGAUACGGAUCCUACAGAGCUGAGCCCGAGUCCUGGGUCUACAGGCUCGGGAGAUCCCAUUGAGAUUUCAUUCUUGAGCACGGCGAGGGCAGGGACGGUCAUUGUGAGAGCCAAUCAGCUGGAGAAGGCGCUCGCGGCGUUGGAAUACGGAAUGAAGCGAGUCGGUGACGCAGAGACGUGA